AGUAACCCAGGUCUUUAUCUUUGCUUGCUGUGGUGGAUGUCAAAGGAUCCAUCUUGGGGACGAGAGCCUAGCUGCUGUGCAGUGCGUCUCUUGUUGUCAUUUCCAUGGGAUUUCCACCACGGCCAUUGCUGCUGCAACUCUAGUGAGAGGAUAUCUUCGCAUCGGGUCACUCGAACUCUCGGUUUUUUCCCGUUCUGACUGCUUCGUCAGAAUCCUGGGGUUCACUGUGUUGUCUGUUUUUUGAUUCCUAGAGAGCAAUCAGCAGUGGAAGCAUCAGCAAAGGCAUGCUUCAGCUCAGUGGGUGACUAUUUAGCUUCCCAUUGCCCACUUCAGAUUUCUCAUUGCAUUGUAGAACAGUUAGAAGCGACCUACCGGAUUUUGUGGAUAAUCUCCCAUGUUUAACUCCGCUGUGAAGUCAUCAGUAACUCAAUUCUGGUCCUUCUUCUACCGCUCCGGGGAUUCCCCAUCGCCGUUUGCAUGCUGUGAUAUCCCCUCCCCUUCAUCAUGGUUCACUUUGUGCCUCCUCAAACCAUGUCCUCAAAGGGUGGUUGUUUCUCUUCUCCAUCUUUGGUUCCUCCUGAUCUAUAUCACUCUUCUCCUGUGCAAUAUAGUACACCGGAAACCACAGAGGCAAGCUUUUAAUCGACAUGGGGCCGGCGUGUACUUCAAAACUGUACAAACUUGCUGCUUGUAUCUCUUCUGCGUCAACCUAGGAGUCCUUUUGUCUUGGCUUUCACAUGGGUUCUGGAAGGGAUGGUCGAGCACUUUUCCGCUGGACGUUGUGUCAGCAGGCAUCCACAGCCUUGCGUGGGGUGUCAUGUGCAUGGAAACCGAGAAGACGAGGAAAGAAAGGCAUCGAUACUUCCCGCUCCUCUUACGAUUGUGGUGGAUCUCUUCUUUGCUUCUAUCCGCACUCACAUUCCUCUCUUCAAUCGACUUUUCCACGCGCAAGUGGAAACUCUGCUGGGUUGAAAUCAUUCUCUACCCUGCAGUUCUCUUUGUAGCGUAUGCUGGUUUCAAAGGCGGGACUGGCAUGAAAGUUAUUCCCGAACACGAAAUGGAAGAGCCUCUUUUAAAUGGAGAUGGCACUGGAAGCUCGCAAGUGAAGGAGAGUUUAAAAUUAUAUCAGAAUGCGGGUUUUUUCAGUUUAGCAACACUAAGCUGGUUAAACCCGGUUCUGAAAGCGGGCAUGAGGAAUCCUCUAGAGCUGCCAGACAUGCCUCCAUUGCCCCCUGAAGACAACGCAGAGGCACAGUAUUCUGUCUUCGAGUCCAAUUGGAAUGCACUGAAGGAUCUGACCCCUGAGGAAACGCCGGCGAUUUCCGUGACUCUUUGGAAAUCAUUCUGGCCAACUGUUGUUGUGAGCGGCAUGUUUGCAGUCAUCAAUGUGGUGGCCGCUUAUGUAGGCCCCUUUUUUGUGAACGACCUUGUUGAGUAUCUGAGUGGAGGUCAGAGGAAUGAGCGUAAAAAUUUAGCCCUAAUUCUGACGUUCUCAUUUGCAAAAGUGGUGGAAAACCUGGCACAAAGGCAAUGGUACUACCGCAUCCAGUUUCUGUGUUUGAAGGUCCAGGCGGCACUGACUGUUGUGGUGUAUAGGAAAGCCCUGCGGCUGUCAAACACUGCUCGAAUCAGUCACUCAAGCGGAGAGAUCAUCAACUACAUGUCGGUCGACGUCCAACGCAUCACUGACUUCCUAUGGUACCUUCACCAGGUGUGGAUUGUACCCCUGCAAGUGACACUUGCCCUGGGAAUCUUGAAUCGAGUGGUGGGGAUGGCAUGGGUGGCCGCAUUGACGGCUGCGUGUUUCACCUUUUUCCUGAACGUGCCACUAAAGAAUUUACAAGAGAAGUACCAAGGCGGCGUGAUGGCAGCGAAAGACAAGCGCAUGAAGGCCUUGGCGGAAUGUCUACGUAGUAUGCGUGUGUUGAAGCUUCAGGCAUGGGAGCAAAUUUUUCUCGGGACAAUUGAGGGGUUUCGGCGAGGCGAAUUCUACUGGCUGUUUAAGGAUUGCAUUGCCAGGGCGUUUGUAACCUGCUUGUUUUGGACGUCUCCCAUUCUGAUAUCAGUGGCCACUUUUGGAACAUGUGUGCUGCUCGGCAUCUCGUUGACAUCCGGUAGAAUUUUGUCCGCCAUUGCUACAUUCAGGGUCCUUCAGGAAGCCAUGAAUUCAUUACCAGAGCUGGUUUCAUUCUACGCUCAGACCAAGGUAUCACUGGACCGGAUAUGGACGUUUUUGCAAGAAGAGGAACUAGCCUCAGAUGCAGUGAUUCACUUGCUAACAGGAGAAAGCGGAGACACUCCCGUUGAAAUUGAAGGAGGUGAAUUCAGCUGGCACACAUCGAACUCGGAGUUUCCGACUCUAACAGGGAUAAACUUGAAAGUUAAACAAGGGUCUCGGGUUGCUGUGUGUGGAAUUGUAGGAUCUGGGAAGAGUAGCCUACUCUUGUCAGUUCUUGGAGAAAUCCCAAAACUAGCUGGCGUUCAGGAAUGCAUAUUGGAAGAGUUGGCCUCCAAGACAGUGAUUUAUGUGACGCAUCAGAUUGAGUUUCUUCCUGCAGCAGACUUCAUUUUGGUGCUUGACAGGGGCGCUAUUGUACAAGCUGGAAAGUACGAAGACUUGCUUCAAGCAGAUACCAAUUUUCAAAAGCUAGUGAAUGCACACAACGAAGCAAUUAAUGGAAUGGAGAGCCAUGGUCAUUCACCAGAUGAAGUGGUUAUAACAGCGGUGAGGAUGGAAAUAGAUGGUGCGGAAGCAUACUGCACGAGUAAUAAGUUUCCGGAGCAGAGAAGCCAUGGAAUGUCAAAUUCACCCAUCACGCCGAAGCAAAGCAUGAAGAUUGAGGUUAUAAAGGAACUACCAACGCAGCGCCAACUCAUUGAAGAGGAAGAACGGAAGAGAGGAGUCGUGAGUUUCAGUGUGUACUGGUCCUACGUGACUGGAAUAUACAAGGGUGCCCUUGCUGUGUUGGCGAUAGUGUGCCAGCUAGGUUUUCUGCUGCUUCAAGUGGGAAGCAAUUAUUGGAUGGCAUGGGCUGAGCCAGCCAGAGGAGGGGAAACAGGAAAGACGAGCAGUACAAAUCUGAUACUCAUCUUCGCUAGAUUAUCAUUUGGGAGUUCCUUGUUUGUGGUGUUUCGCGCAUUGCUGGUCUCAAUUGCCGAUCUUCUUGCCGCCCAGAAGUAUUUCCUCAGCAUGAUUCGGUGCAUCUUUCGGGCCCCAAUGUCUUUCUUCGAUUCAACUCCUGCGGGACGGAUUCUUAACCGAGUAUGUGAAAUACUUGAGCUGAUUUCGAUGGCCAUUGAGUUGGCAUCCUCAGAUCAGAGAGAGUUAGACUCGACGAUACAGUAUUUUAUGGGGUCCCUUAGGGUGAACACCACUCAGUUUUUGGGAGUAGUGGGGGUGAUGUCCAUGAUCAGUUGGACAGUCCCGGUUUUCUUCGUCCCCGUUUUGAUGACAUGUUUGUGGAUGCAAAGCUACUAAUUGACUUCGGCGAGAGAAGCUGCAAGGGUGAUGGGUAUUCAAAAGUCACCAAUAUUGAAUCACUACGGCGAGUCAAUCGCGGGUGCGGCAACAAUUCGCGGAUUUGACCAAUACCAGCGCUUCCAGAAGACUAAUAUGCAGCUUUUUGACAAUUUCAUGCGCCCAGCCUUUCUUCAAUUUGCGUUGUUGGAAUGGCUCUGCUUACGAAUGGAGCUGCUAUGCUCAACCACCUUGGCUUUCACCCUCAUGAUAGUGCUAUCAAGGCCGGAGAAUCUCGUUGAUCCAAGUCUGUCUGGACUUGCCGUUACAUAUGGUUUGACACUGAAUAUAAUCAUCGGAUGGUUCAUAUUUAACCUCUGCAACGUGGAGACAAAGAUUAUAUCUGUUGAGCGCAUACAGCAAUAUUCCCAGCUUCGAAGUGAAGCUUCCCUUCUGAUUGAGCAUAAGCGGCCGCCACCAUCUUGGCCUAGCCAGGGAACGAUUGAGCUUCAUCAAUUGCAGAUCCGGUACAGCAUGCAUUCACCACUAGUUUUACAUGAUAUCUCGUGCACGUUCCAUGGCGGAAAAAAAAUCGGAGUAGUUGGCCGGACUGGCAGUGGAAAGUCGACCCUCAUUCAAGCCCUAUUCCGCAUUGUCGAGCCGGCGGGAGGCCAAAUUUUUAUCGAUGGCGUGGACAUUACAACUAUUGGACUACAAGAUUUACGGACACGCUUGAGCAUCAUCCCUCAGGAUCCGACUCUUUUCGAAGGCACAAUACGAACUAAUCUUGACCCUCUCAACAACCACACCAACUUACAAGUCUGGGAGGCACUUGAUAAAUGUCAGCUUGGAGACGUCGUGCGUGGAAAGGAUGGCAAGCUUGAUGCUGUAGUCGGAGAGAAUGCUGAUAUCUGGAGCGUUGGUCAGAGGCAAUUGGUUUGCUUGGGGCGGGCUUUACUCAGGAGGACACGCAUACUAGUCUUAGACGAGGCCACCGCGUCAGUUGACAGUGCAACUGAUAACGUCAUUCAACGGACUCUGCGUACAGAGUUCAAGGGUUGCACUGUUGUGACCAUCGCGCAUAGAAUCCCGACGGUUGUUGACAGCGACAAGGUGUUGGUCCUUAGUGAGGGACGGUUAGCAGAAUAUGAUAUUCCAGCGAUACUGCUGGAGAACCGGGAUUCUCUAUUUGCCAAACUAGUAGCCGAAUACUGGAUUCGAUAAACGAAGUAGCUAUUUGCCACAAGCUGGAUUGACAUUUGUACGAUAUUUUCAGCGAUUCACUAAUUAUUUCUCUGGACACUAAAAUUCCCCUGUAGUUAUAGUCAAUGCGUGGAGGAAAGUGCAUCUGGUUCCCAUUAGACACAUCGUUUAUCCAUGUGAAACGAUUCGACAUGGUCAGUUAUCUGACUUCAGCCUUUAACCUGCAACUAAAAAAUUUUAAAACCCACUCCACUGUCCUUUUCUCAAUUUAAUGUUACAAUUCGCUACUGAUGAUGUACGAUUCAA